AUGCAGCUGCCCGCGACGCCGCUCCUGGACCCUGUGCAGUCGCGCUCAGUCUCACCCGCGCCCUACCCUACCUGCUCCGCGCUGUUGCUCUGCACGCGCGGUUGCCCGCGCCCUCGUGCGCUCUACCCUACCUGCUCCGCGCUGUUGCUCUGCACGCGCGGUUGCCCGCGCCCUCGUGCGCUCUACCCUACCUGCUCCGCGCUGUUGCUCUGCACGCGCGGUUGCCCGCGCCCUCGUGCGCUCUACCCUACCUGCUCCGCGCUGUUGCUCUGCACGCGCGGUUGCCCGCGCCCUCGUGCGCUCUACCCUACCUGCUCCGCGCUGUUGCUCUGCACGCGCGGUUGCCCGCGCCCUCGUGCGCUCUACCCUACCUGCUCCGCGCUGUUGCUCUGCACGCGCGGUUGCCCGCGCCCUCGUGCGCUCUACCCUACCUGCUCCGCGCUGUUGCUCUGCACGCGCGGUUGCCCGCGCCCUCGUGCGCUCUACCCUACCUGCUCCGCGCUGUUGCUCUGCACGCGCGGUUGCCCGCGCCCUCGUGCGCUCUACCCUACCUGCUCCGCGCUGUUGCUCUGCACGCGCGGUUGCCCGCGCCCUCGUGCGCUCUACCCUACCUGCUCCGCGCUGUUGCUCUGCACGCGCGGUUGCCCGCGCCCUCGUGCGCUCUACCCUACCUGCUCCGCGCUGUUGCUCUGCACGCGCGGUUGCCCGCGCCCUCGUGCGCUCUACCCUACCUGCUCCGCGCUGUUGCUCUGCACGCGCGGUUGCCCGCGCCCUCGUGCGCUCUACCCUACCUGCUCCGCGCUGUUGCUCUGCACGCGCGGUUGCCCGCGCCCUCGUGCGCUCUACCCUACCUGCUCCGCGCUGUUGCUCUGCACGCGCGGUUGCCCGCGCCCUCGUGCGCUCUACCCUACCUGCUCCGCGCUGUUGCUCUGCACGCGCGGUUGCCCGCGCCCUCGUGCGCUCUACCCUACCUGCUCCGCGCUGUUGCUCUGCACGCGCGGUUGCCCGCGCCCUCGUGCGCUCUACCCUACCUGCUCCGCGCUGUUGCUCUGCACGCGCGGUUGCCCGCGCCCUCGUGCGCUCUACCCUACCUGCUCCGCGCUGUUGCUCUGCACGCGCGCCUAG